CCUAGGAUGGGUUGGGUUUGGCCCGCCCAGCACGGGCCGGGUCGGGUUUGUUGACUUACUCCAUUUGGUUAUGCAUUUCGUGCUCCCCCCCCCCCCCCUCCUUCUCCGGUCUGGAUAGUUCCCUUUCCCCACAUACGCACACAGAGGACGAACGCCGGGAAAGAUACAGAGCAAAAAGUCGGGGAUUAGGGUUUUGAAGGUUGGGAAAUAUAAUCACUGGGGAUGGAAAUAGUGGAGAAGAAGGAGGUGGAGAAUCAUAAUAACGCGCAAUCGAUCUUACCCGGCGAUUCCCUGGCCUCCGACGUUGUCGAUAAAGAGGCAGAAGAGCGCCAAGCGCGUGAACUCAAAGCCGGUUUGCACCCUCUCAAGUACAAAUAUGUAUUCUGGUAUACUCGCCGAACACCAGGAGUCAGAACACAGACCUCAUAUGAAGACAAUAUAAAGAAAAUUGUUGGUUUCAGUACGGUUGAAACUUUUUGGGUCUGCUAUUGCCACUUGGCUCGCCCCUCUUCUCUGCCAAGUCCUACGGAUCUGCAUCUUUUCAAGGAGGGUAUUCGCCCUUUGUGGGAGGACAGUGCUAAUUCCAGUGGUGGGAAAUGGAUAAUACGAUUCAAGAAGGUCGUCUCUGGUCGCUUCUGGGAGGAUCUGGUUCUUGCCUUGGUAGGUGACCAACUUGAGUACAGCGAUAGCAUUUGUGGUGCAGUAUUAAGCAUCCGAUUCAAUGAAGAUAUACUGAGCGUAUGGAAUCGGAAUGCAUCUGAUCAUCAGGCUGUGAUAUCUCUGAGAGACUCAAUCAAGAGGCAUUUGAAGCUUCCGCACAGCUACGUGAUGGAGUACAAGCCCCAUGAUGCUUCUCUUCGUGACAACUCAUCUUACAGAAACACAUGGCUGAGUAGAUAGCUUGUAGCGCCAGAAUGGGAAAUGAAAGUGUGGAGAAGCUGUUAUUGUCUUAUCCUCGUGUUAUGCUCCACUUGCAAAACAUGGCCCGAGGAUCCAUAAACUUUGUACUGCCAGACAACCUGUGUAAGGAUGGUGUUCUUGAUCUUCUCGUUGGUUGAACAGUGAAUGACAGUGCUGGUUUUGUUGUCCGAAAAAUGUUUGGUCUUUUUGGUUUGUUCAGAUCAAACUGAAACCGAUAAGCCCCUUAUUUAUUUCGAUUUCUGGAGAAGUGACUGUUUCGAGUUCCAAUUUUUACAGCUUAAUAGUUAGGCUAAGCAAACCCAACCGAGAGCCCUAUUCAGUAAAACAAGAGUAACCAU